GUCCCGUUAACCGGCUCCUUCUGCGCAUGUCCUCUACGGUCCAACCGGACAGAGAGAGAGAGAGAGUUAGAGAGAGAGAGAGAGAGAGAGAGAGAGAGUUAACAGAGAGAGAGUUAACAGGGAUUCAUGGAGCAUGUCCCAGCACCAGUGUUUUCUAUGUCUUCUUGUCCACGAUGCACUUUAGGAUUUCAAUAAGAUGCGUGUGUGUUUCCAGAUAAUCAGUUUCUUCCUCGCAGUCUACUUCCACUGCCCGCUGCUCCGAGCUCAGGAUCCCUCCUGUUGCCACCAUGCUGCCGAGUUCUCACCUUGCAAAGAAGCUUGUGACCAGCUCGCCACCAUAAAGAGUGAGUCUCGUCUAAAGCAUCUCCUCCAGAGGUUACCCAGUUACUGUCCAGAGUUGAUGAAUGAACUUUGGAUGUGCAUCAACUCUACCCUUCCAGGCGUAUCCAGGAAGUCAGAGGGCUGGGUGGGUCUGGGCUGCUGUGAGCUGGCUAUCUCAGCUGAGUGUCGCAGGGAAUGCAGACAGGCAUCAUCUAAAAAUGACAUAACAAAAGUAUGCAAAAAAGUCACAGAGAACUCCCUCUACAGCUGCAUCACCAAAAAUGAAAUGGGCUCCACCUGCUGCAGCUAUGCAGGACGUCACACCACCUGUAGGGAGUACUGCCAGGCCAUCUUCAGGACCGACUCGACCCCCACCGUGUCCCAGAUCAACGCUGUCAAAGAGUACUGUCAGAGUCACAGCCCUCAGCUGCUCAGCUGCGUCAGCAACUUCACCAAGUCCUACCCCAUACGCAGCCCUAUCGACAGUCUGUACUGCUGUGACCGGGCAGAGGCGACCCACUGCCAGGUGGCUUGCCGGCGAAUCCUUCGCACCAUGAGCACCGAACAUGAGAUCAUGGAGGGUUUGAUCGAGGAGUGUGGCUCCCAGCCUCUCCCUCAGGAACCCAUGUGGCAGUGCUUCCUGGGCAGCGCCCACCCUCCUUCCCCACCUGAAGAGGAGACCCCCCAUCCCGCCAAGAUGGACUGUGCCAAGCUGCACUGCUGCUCCAAGGCUAACACCUCCCUCUGCAGGGACAUGUGUCAGGAGAUCAGCACUAACUGGGGCAGCCAGACGUGGCAGGACUUUGACCAGCUCUGUGAGUACAACCCGGUGGAGACGGAGCUCAUCAACUGCCUGGCUGAUGUCAGAGAGCCCUGUCAGCUGGGCUGCAAGGACCUCGGCUACUGCACCAACUUCAACAACAGGCCAACGGAGCUGUUCCGCAGCUGUAACGUCCAGUCAGACCAGGGCGCCAUGAGCGACAUCAAGCUGUGGUCCAACGGGACGAUCAAGAUGCCGUUCAUGAACAUCCCCGUGCUGGACAUCAGGAAGUGUCUGCCGGACAUGUGGAAGGCCGUGGCCUGCUCGCUGCAGAUCAAACCCUGCCACAGCAAGUCCAGAGGGAGCGUCAUAUGCAAGUCAGAUUGUGUGGACAUCCUGACUCAGUGUGGGGACAGGAAGCGUUUCCAUGAAGGACAAACUCCAGAGGGGAUCUGUGAGCUGCUGUCGCCCAUCGAUGACCCUGAACGCUGCAUCCCCCUCCGCACAUACCUCAUCGCCAGUCCCCUUGGCAACGGCAUCAUGGAGGAGGUCAUCCAUCCGUGCAACCCCAACCCCUGCCCUAGCAACCACUUAUGCCAGGUCAACAGGAAGGGCUGCCUCGAUGAGCUCAACUGUCAGCCGUACGUCUGUGUGCCAGGCUGUAAACUGGGUGAGGCCUCAGAGUUCCUGGUGCAGCAGGACUCUCGUAUCCUGGUGCCAACUCGAAACGGUCCUACCGGGUGCCACGAGGUGUGCAGCUGUGGUGUCAGUGGGCGUCUGGAGAACUGUCAGGAGAUGCCCUGUGUGGACAUCAACAAGCCCUGCGUCGUAGGAGGCCAGAGGAAAAGUCACGGGACGUCUUUCAGGGUGGACUGCCACACCUGUUCCUGCUUCGCUGGCGACACCAUCUGCUCUACGAGAGAAUGUCUCGGCUUCGACAGCUCCGAUGAGGACCGCAGACGCUUUACUGGCCUUCCCUGUAGCUGUCCAGACCGCUUCGUCCCAGUGUGUGCCUCUAACGGGCGGACCUAUCCCAGUGCCUGUGUAGCUCGCUGUAUGGGUUUCAAGGACCACCAGUUUGUCUUCGGCCUGUGCCGCCUCAGUAACCCCUGCGCUGGCAAGCCCUGCCAGAGGAACCAGAGGUGCGUCCCGAAGUAUCGCGUGUGUCUGAGUGACUCGUCAGACUGCCCGCAGUUCGAGUGUGUCGGCCGACCGGCGGCCUGCGAUAAGAUCAGUGUGGAGCCGGCCUGUGAUACCGAUGGUCUGGUCCACCCCAGUCUGUGCCAGCUGCAACAGGCUGGGAAGAGCCUGGCCUACAUGGGCCACUGCCAGGAUGCCUGCAGGAAGCCUCAGCCCAUUUGUGGCCAUAAUGGUGAAACCUACAACACAGUGUGUGACGCCUUCUUUGACCGCGUGGCCGUGGACUACGAGGGCUCCUGCCACGCUGUCGGGGCCAUGUCUGACGUGGCCCCCGACUCUGCGUGCAGUGUGAUUCCCUGUCCGCCUCUGUCCACGCCAGGCUGCCAGCCUGUCAACCCACCUGGAGCCUGUUGUCCGAUAUGUGCCAGCAUGCUGCAGAUCCUCUGGAACAAAGAGCUGAUGAACACUUUCUCUAAGUUGAAUAAGAACCAGCCGGUGACGGUCCACGACGUCCUGCAGAUCCUGAGGUUUCACGUCUCGGUGCCGCAGUGCGACGUCUUCGGCUACCUGAGCAUCGACCACGAGCUGGUGGUCCUCAUCGCGCCAGUGGACCAGCAGCCGACACCGCUGCAGAUCGAAGCCUGCAGUAAGGAGGCCGAGAAGAUUGAUUCCCUCAUCAACUAUGCCAGUCCCACGCUGGUCUCCCAUGUCCCCCUCUCCGCAUUCCUCACGUCCGAGAUCAAGACCUCCUCCAUCCGGUCGUCCGGGGGCGCUCCGCCUUCACCUCUAGCCCCAGGCCUGUGCUUCCUCCUGGGCCUCCUCAUCACUGCAGUCCUCCAGCAGGGCUAAGAGUGCUGCUCAUCCACACCCAGCACCCCCCCCCUCCCGCCCCCCCCCGCACCCCCCUCUAACUCUUGAGUGGUCCAAAGUAUCCACGCCCCCCUUCCCCCCGGAUGUCAUGAGGUGAGUGUGUGUUCGGGCGGUCACGAAGCAGGAAGAAGCAAUGCCAUUUUUUCGACAAUCAUUCCUAUUGACUCACCUGCGUGUCAAACAAUCAAGGCGGUGGAAAAGCUCUUAUUCUGGAAAGCUUUUGUAUGAACAGUGUUAUUCAGUGGAUGAAUUACUCACCGGGUUCCCUCCAGUGAAGUAUGUGUGAGUGUGUGUGUGUGUGUGACCUUUUAAGAAGUAUUUGACUUCAUGCCAGCAGUGUUUCUCCAUUAGUCCCAGCAGCAAGCUCUCCUCUGAAAGCUGUUAAGUGGGAACGUAAUUUUCAUGACUCACUCUGUCUUGUUCUGGGGCUUUGUAUGUGUGUGUGUGUGUGUGUGUGUGUGUGUGUGUGUGUGUGUGUGUGUGUGUGGAGACAGACGAGGACAAAACAUCCCUGUCUGGCAGCACAUCUGUCUGACAAAUUAGCCCAAAUUCCCUCUGCCACACACACUCCCACACAGAUAUUGGUGUCACUCAGGCCAGACUCCUCUGCUCCAGACGGAGUCUGAUCAGCAUUGAAGUGACAUGUUUCAAGCCUCUGGUAAAUAAGAAUGCACAGUAGCACAGUGCGUGAUGUUUCUCUACAUGUGAGGUGUAUAUACGGACCUAGUGUUUGAACCUCUAACCUCAGCAGUGUUAGUGCUCAUGGACUGAGCCAGCUCAUAUGAGACUAAUCCAGCCUCCAAAAGUCGGUUCGAACUACCGACCGAACAAAGUGCCGGAGAGUUGAUCAAAAAA